AUGGGUACGACUCCUACCAGCUCGCCCUGCUGUAGAGAGCCUACGCCAAGCGAUGCAAUGCCUGAACAAUCGCAGCCGUGGCUGCGAUUUGGCAGAGGAUCCGGGCGGGUGUUCUCGCACCCCCAAGUGUCUCCACACGCGUCAAUUCUCAGCCAACCUCUGUCAGAAUUUCAGCUUUUGGAACCAAAUAACUCGGCUGACACUGCUCUCUCGAGCCAAGCUACAGAGACGGAAAGCUGGGACCUAUCCUCGCCUACGCGUUCGUAUUCCAGUACUGGCACGCUGUCGUACGGAGCUCCGUCGCCAGUAGUUCCACCUCCAUCUCUAGAAGCUGCUACCGACCAAGCUCCGGAAUCUGUUGUAUACGAGUCUCCACGUCACCCGCGUCGAGUUGUGGAGAUCGCACCACAUCGUUACCGGUACACUGGGAAGAUCCCGGUUGAUAAGUGGUUUGACGAGUGUUUUCACUCGGACGGCUACGAGUCGAACGACAUCGACAAUAUCUCCACUUCGCCUCCUCCCCAGGCUUCGUUCUCCUCGGGGAUACGUCACUCGACUCUGCGCGUAGUGAGUGGGCACGCGGGAUUCAGGCCUAGGGAGGUAAUGGUGCUGACCAGCCAGUACAACCCUGAUGGCAUCAAGUUUCCUCGUGUGAGUACCGGUCGUCGUAACGGCGAGGGCCGCGGGUGUUAUACUCGUUGUACGGCCUCAAGUUGCCCGAACGCGUCCUGUAGUCGGUUUUGCGACGCCCAUAACUGUACCUUCGGAGGAGACUGUGGCAAUUCUCUGAAGGAGAGCCCCGUAUUGCAGAUCAGCCGCAACGCUCGCUCUGGAAUCAGAGGAAUCACUGUGUUUGCAGCCAUUCCUGCAGGUGAGGUAGUUGGAGAGUACCUCGGGCAUCUCAAGUUGGCGGGUCCUCCUAUGAAAAAUGGGCCUGCUAACGAGGGUUACAUGAUGCGUCUAAAGACGCGUGCCAAGGGCAACAAGUACGUGGGCAUCGACGCCCAACAUGGUGGAGGGAAGAUCAGACUACUCAAUCACUCCUGCAAUCCGUGCGCUCAUUUCCAUGAGGACCAGACUGGGUCAGAGUUGACUGUCGUCGCCGUGACGACGCGUGACAUCUUCCCGGGCGAGGAGGUGACGCAGCGCGGUCGUCGCAGUGGUUACAAGAAUUUUUCUGUACCUGAGCUGAUGCUCCUCUGCAAUGUACUAGACGAGAUUCGACCUCUCGGCAAGGACAUGUGGGAGCGUGUCGCCACCAAAUACAACUCCUGUCGUCCUCGAGGUACUCUGGAGCGAGACUACGACUCUCUACGGAGGAAAUUUCGCAGCCUCGUUGCCAAGAACAAACCAUCCGGUAUUAAUGGUGAAAUACCAGAGUCACAGAAGCCAAUCGCUUUAACCCAGGAGAUACACCACGUCAAGUCGCUAUCGAAGAUGAAUUCGAGCUUGCGCUCGAAUUCUGUAGACACGGGUAACGUUGAACCUGACGCUCAGAACUCUCCAAGGAGAUCUUCAACGCAGACACCCCAACCACGAGCAAGUUUCCUCCCGGCGAACCAUGAUCGCAGUGUUCGUGUGGAGGAAAACCAAGAAGUGAAGUCCUCAACUGACGAACAACUUGCAACUACGCAUUCGCCUGGUACAGACCCACACCGCCUCACGGAUAAUGCUGGAACCGGCUUGAUUAGCACCUCUGAAGGUGCAAUCCCGGUCGCAUUUGCGCAAGAUAUAGAGGACUGGCCGUCAGAUAACGGCGAGGAAGCAACUCUUCGUGAGGAAGACCGCGAGGUAGAGGUAGAAGCCACAGCCACAGAACAAGGCAAGUCUCAGGAACAGUACGACUUCUCGGAGACCCGUACAACAGACGAUCAACGCGCAAGCAUAAACACACAGAGAUCCUCUCGAGUUUCACUUCAGUCUACCUCCUACGCGAGCGAAGAACGUUUUGUCCCCAUCAUGGCGACGCCUGAAGGCCCCAGGCUUACCAGAAACUCAGACAACAGUUGUUUUGAUGAGAGAGAAAAGUCCAGAAACAAAAGGCUGCAAACCUCGAGCAACCGACUGAGGGCAAGAGAUCUCCGGGUGCUGCGCGACAACUUUACGGAAAUGGGAGGCACGAGCAAGACGUUCUCGCAGAAAAGACAAGUUCAAGAGACUCCAGGAACUACAACCUACGCGACGGCGAAACGAUUCAACGCCAGACAACGGAUGCAAGAAAUGGAGAAACGUGUGACGAUGAAUGAAGACACCCAAAAUGUAGCGGGGUUAGAAGUGGCCAACCUGAUGGCCUAUUUCAGGGAGGACGCAAAUAGACGUGCCGACGCCGAAGGAAAACGUCGUCGAGAACAUCGCAACGAGCGAAGAGAAACUGAACGAAAGGAGAGAGAAGCGAGAGAGCAAACUUGA